GAACCCAAGCGGGUCAUGCCCGAGUCGUCACUGAGUCAAUGCGCCUCAGGUUUCUGUUUACAUCGUCACAAAACUCAAAGCCACGCUUCAUUGUUCAAUAUUCAAGCUUCUCAAAGAUUACCUCUGACUCGACCUCCUUGAAACCAGAUCCCAUUUACAAUCAUCUCUUACGAACUUGCGUCCAAGAAUGCAAACACAUCAAUACCCGCCACCUGUUCGACGAAAGGUCUCAGAGACUAACCCACGCUUUGAAAACAAGCAGAAUUGUCCAUGCCCAGAGCCUCAAAUUUGGAUUUGGGUCAAAAGGGUUGCUAGGAAACGCUAUAGUUGAUCUUUAUGCCAAGUGUGGCAAUGUAGACUUGGCUGAGAAGGUGUUUAAUAGGCUUGAAGAGAGGGAUAUUUUGGCUUGGAACUCUAUUUUGUCCAUUUAUUCGAAACGUGGGUUGUUUGAACAUGUUGUUAAAUCUUUUGGGUUGUUGUGUAAUUCUGGUGUGUUGCCAAAUGAGUUCACAUUUGCGAUGGUCUUAUCUGCUUGUGCCAAAGCAGUGGAUGUUAAUUACGGUAGGCAAAUACAUUGUUAUGUUGUUAAGAUUGGGAUUGAGAUGAGUGCUUUUUCUGAGGGCGCUCUUAUUGAUAUGUAUGCUAAGUGUGGUAAUGUGAGAGAUGCAAGGAGGGUUUUUGAUGGGGCAGUGGAUUUGGAUACGGUUUCGUGGACAUCAAUGAUUGCUGGGUAUGUUCAGGCUGGUUUGCCCGAAGCUGCGUUGGAAGUGUUUGAUGAGAUGAAGAAACUUGGCCGAGUUCCGGACCAGGUGGCUUCUGUGACUGUGAUAAAUGCAUGUGUUAGUCUAGGUCGGCUUGAUGAAGCAUGUGAAUUGUUCGAUCAGAUGCAAAACCCGAAUGUUGUAGCUUGGAAUGUGAUGAUAUCUGGGCAUGGCAAGAGAGGCUAUGAGGCAGAAGCGGUCAAUUUUUUUCAAAGAAUGAGGAAAGCUAGUGUUAAAUCCUCACGAUCCACGUUAGGCAGUGUAUUGAGUGCCAUUUCAGGUUUAGCAGCUCUUGACUUUGGCUUGAUAGUUCAUGCUGAGGCUAUUAAACAGGGUCUCGACUCUAAUGUUUAUGUGGGGAGUUCUUUGAUAAAUAUGUAUUCCAAGUGUGAGAAAAUGGAGUCCGCAAAGAAGGUUUUUGAUUCUUUGGAUGAAAGGAAUAUUGUCUUGUGGAAUGCUAUGCUUGGAGGUUAUUCACAGAAUGGGUAUGCCCAUGAAGUGGUGGAACUGUUCUCCACCAUGAAGAGCUCUGGUUUUCAGGCUGAUGAUUUUACCUAUACUAGCAUUUUGAGUUCAUGUGCUUGCCUGGACUAUUUGGAAGCGGGUCGCCAGUUGCAUACGGUCAUUAUCAAGAACAACUUUGCAUCUAACUUAUUUGUGGGGAAUGCAUUGGUUGACAUGUAUGCUAAGUCAGGUGCUCUGAAGGAAGCAAGACAACAAUUUGAGCGCAUAAGGAAUCAGGAUCAUGUUUCUUGGAAUGCAAUUAUUGUUGGAUAUGUGCAGGAAGGGGAUGAGUUUGAGGCUUUUAAUAUGUUUCGCAGAAUGAAUUUAUCUUGGAUUUUGCCUGAUGAAGUGUCCUUGGCCAGCAUCCUCAGUGCCUGUGCCAAUGUUCAAGGUCUCAAGCAAGGGAAACAGAUACACUGUAUGUCAGUCAAAGUUGGUCUAGAAACAAGUAUUUAUUCGGGAAGCUCGCUUAUUGACAUGUAUGCCAAGUGUGGAGAUAUAGGGGCUGCUCGAAAAGUCCUCUCUUGUAUGCCUGAACGGAAUGUGGUCUCCAUGAAUGCUUUGGUUGCUGGUUAUGCUCAAAAUAAUUUAGAGGAAGCCAUUGUUUUGUAUCAGGAGAUGAUGGCUGAAAGAUUGACCCCAAAUGAAAUAACUUUUGCUAGUCUUCUAGAUGCAUGUGACGGACAUCAUACAUUUAAUCUGGGAACACAAAUCCACUGUCUUAUAGUAAAGAGAGGCCUUUUGUAUGAUGCUGACUUCUUGGGUGUCUCUCUAUUGGGUAUGUAUAUGAAUUCCAAGAGAAAUACAGAUGCAAGUAUUCUCUUCUCAGAGUUCAAAAAUCCAAAAAGCAAAGUUUUAUGGACUGCUAUUAUUUCAGGACACACUCAAAAUGAUUUCAAUGAGGAGGCCUUGCAUUUCUAUCAGGAAAUGCGUAGCCACAAUGUCAUACCUGAUCAGGCUACAUUUGUCAGUGUCCUUAGAGCAUGUGCUAUCUUAUCUUCUUUGAGAGAUGGUACAGAGAUCCAUUCUCUAAUAUUUCACAUUGGUUAUGAUUUAGAUGAGUUAACAUGUGGUGCAAUUGUAGACAUGUAUGCUAAAUGUGGAGAUGUGAAAAGUGCAGUUCAAGUUUUUGGUGAAAUGGGGAACAAAAAUUUUGUUAUUUCCUGGAACUCAAUGAUAGUUGGAUUUGCAAAAAAUGGUCAUGCAGAAGAUGCACUAAAGAUCUUUGAUGAGAUGAAGCAAACUCAUGUUAUGCCUGAUGAUGUCACAUUCCUUGGUGUCCUAACAGCAUGCAGCCAUGCAGGUAAGGUAUCCGAAGGUCGACAGAUCUUUGACAUUAUGGUAAACUGCUACGGGAUUCACCCUAGAGUAGAUCAUUGUGCCUGCAUNAGGUGGGCUGACGUUGUAGUUGUAGUUGAAGUUGAACUAAUGAACUCAAAACUAACGGAGAGGAGUUUAGUUUAUAGUUGA